UAUCAGUCAUCUCCUUCACAGGAAUCCUCAAUCUGAAACUAGCUUGACGCCGCUCUGCCACGGCUGAGAAAAUAGCGACGCGGAAACACGCUCGUCUUCACGAUCCAGCGAUUCCGCUCUCCGACGAGUCUGCGUAAGGUGAAGAAUCACGAGGCCAGCCGCCGGUGAAGAAUCGCGCGAUUCGUCUGGAAAUCGCGAUUCAAGCUCGAUUCAUCUCCGUUAUAGAGAUUCAACCACGAUUCAGGAACAAAAACAAGACAACUUCCGAUUCGUUUCAGUAGCAGCUAGAAUCGUAUCGAAUCGUGCGACACGUAUCGUGAACCGUACGAUACUAACUACCAUGUGCAUAAUUAGAGGCAAUUUUUGCUGCUGAAAUUUCUGUUGUUUUGAUUCAUUUCCACUUCAACAUUUUGGAGAUAUUAGUAUUUGGGAGUUACGACGUUUGGUCAAAGAUGAUUACGAACCCUUCAUUGCAUGCUUCAACAUUGCCAAGUGCUUUAUCUUCAUCUCUGGUUACUCUACAUGGAAGUUUUGUAAAUUGUAUGCCCUGCUUUCCAUUUAGACCCCAGAGAAAAAUCAAUAGGAUAAGAGCUACAUCUGCUGCAGAUGGAGGGCCUGUUGAGUCAUCGCCAGCUUCGGGAUCAAAGAAUCCUCUUGCGGUUGUUUUGGACAUUCCUGGUACCCUUUGGAAGCAAACAAUGCGUCCAUUAAGUGAUUUUGGGUUUGGUGGUAGGAGCAUAUGGGAAGGUGGGGUAGGAUUGUUUUUAGUUUCAGGUGCAGUUCUAUUUGCACUUAGUUUGGCCUGGUUGAAGGGUUUCCAAAUGCGAUCCAAAUUGAGGAAGUACACAGCAACAUUUGAGUUUGAUCAGGCUUGUGGUAUAUGCACUGGAACUCCUGUGAGGAUCAGAGGUGUGACUGUUGGUGACGUCAUUGGUGUGAAUCCUUCCUUAAGAAGUAUUGAAGCUAUUGUUGAGAUUGAAGAUGAUAAAACAAUCAUACCACGGAAUUCAUUGGUUGAAGUUAACCAGUCGGGUCUUCUUAUGGAAACUAUAAUCGACAUUACUCCUCGUGAUCCUAUUCCAACACCUUCCGCUGGACCUCUUGACCAAGAAUGUUCUAGAGAAGCUCUCAUAGUUUGUGAUAGAGAAAAGAUUAAGGGUAUAGAAGGAGUAAGUUUGGAUAAAUUGGUUGGGAUAUUUACCCGUCUUGGGCAAGAUGUAGAGAAAAUUGGCAUUGCUAAUAGCUAUUCGUUGGCUGAACGAGCUGCUUCAAUAAUCGAAGAAGCAAAACCACUUCUUAUAAAGAUGAAAGCCAUGGCUGAAGAUGUUCAACCUUUGUUGACUGAAGUCCGUGAUAGUGGCCUGUUGAAGGAAGUUGAGACUUUAACCCAAAGCCUUACACAAGCGACUGAGGAUUUGAGAAGGGUACACUCAUCCAUUAUGACCCCUGAGAACACUGAACUGCUCCAAAAGUCCAUAUAUACUCUGAUUUUUACCCUGAAGAACAUUGAGAAUGUUAGCUCGGAUAUUUUGGGUUUCACUGGCGAUGAAGCUACAAGAAAGAGUUUGAAAUUACUUAUCAAGUCCCUCAGCAGGUUAUUGUAGGUCAAAAUUCCAAUUAAAGUAGGAUAUAACGCAAUUAGGUUAUUUCCAAUGUGUUUCACCAACCACAACAUUGAAGGAGUAAAUAGUAUUUUGUUACUGUUUUUUGUUGUCUCUAAGGAGUGGCAGUACUGAUGGUUUUUACAUUCUACUGUAAUAGAAAUUUGUUUACAAUGAGGUGCAGAGAUGUUAUUGAUUGGGGCAGAUGAUUGCUGUGCACAUUCUUAUGAUUGUCAUACUUCGGCUAAAAUGUUUGACCCUCACUUUUGUUAGUUGUCAUUGCAAAACAAACAAUUAAUGGAAAUUAUCAUCUUUGAUAUUUGAAGGGCA